GUUGGUAAAGAUUACGUGAUACUGAGUAGUGAUAAACACGCGAAUUUUUUGAAGAACCAAAAGAAAGAUCCUGCCAACUACAGACCAGAUAUUUUGCAUCAGUGUUUAUUAAUGUUAUUGGACAGUCCCUUGAAUCGAGCAAAUCUUCUACAAAUUUUCAUCCACACAACGAACAAUGUCCUCAUCGAAGUCAGUCCACAGACUCGAAUUCCGAGAACGUUCGACAGAUUUUGUGGAUUAAUGGUUCAGCUGCUGCAUAAGCUGUCGAUUCGUGCGGCGGAUAGUUCUGCUAAAUUGCUGAAAGUGAUACGGAAUCCAGUGAGUGUGCAUUUGCCAGUUGGCUGUCGUAAGAUUCUCACUUCAUUUCAAGCGAACGCGUUGAUCAAAUGUAGUGAAAUCGCAAAAACGGGUGACAAUCGAGCUGUUGCAAUCGUUGUUGGUGGAUUUGCACGAGGCAAAGAGAUAAUUGCAAAGGAGCAGUUGAAAGGAACUAUUACUCCGGAUAGUAAUUGUCCACCGAGCAAUUUUGCAAAGGGAGUGGCGGAGGGAGGAGAGGGGGGAGGAGAAGAAGAGAUCAAGAUCAGUAACUUCCCGCUGAGUGCAGCGUUGACGUGUGCAAAAUUAACGAGUGGAUUUGAAGAGGCAUGGGGCGUUGAACAAUGA